AGUAGCAGGAGGGGUUCUCUAUGGGUCAAAAGGCGAGCACACCGGCGACCAGUGGCCAGCAGAGCCCGCGCUCCAGGACAUUCUCGAGCAGCUCCACGGGAGCCGCUGACACAUCGCCACCGGGUGGGGACUCGGGCGCUGUCGGCAGCCGCCAUGUCGUCGGCGGUGAUGGCGGCCAGGGAAUCAAUCUGUUGCGGACGCUGCCGGGAUUGCAGGUGUACCACAACCAGAACUCAACUUCCAUAGACAGGCAGAGGGCGCGCAGCCUCAGCUCGGUGCCGGACAUCCAGCAGCAGCAACAGCAGCAGCAGCAACAGGGCUCCAUCACCUCAUCCGGCAGCAGCCCACAUGCACACACACACAACACACACCCACCACACACCGGCGUCGCCGUGUCCGUGGCCUUAUCGGCGAAUCCGGCGAACAGCAACAGCAACAACAGCUUCUCCGCUGCUGCCAACAACAAUGGCACCUCGACGCAAUCCUAUAUGCCCCAACGACGCACCCUAGGCGACUCCAUACGGGAUAUGGGACUCACUGGCGGUACCAUUGCCGAGAGCAUCGCCCUGGCCGCGUCUGCCACUUCCGCCAAUGGGAUCGGACGCGUAUAUACAGCCACAUCGCUUCCAUCGCACAUCUGGUCCUUCAAUGGUAUCAAGUGCCCCGUUUGCAACAAGUUUGUGCUCCCCGACGAUAUUGAAUGCCACCUGGUGAUGUGCCUCACGAAACCACGUCUCUCAUAUAACGAGGAUCUAUUGACGGACGCCAAGGGCGAGUGCGUCAUCUGUUUGGAGGACUUGAGUCCAGGAGACACAAUCGCACGGCUGCCGUGUCUCUGCAUCUAUCACAAAGGAUGCAUCGAUCGUUGGUUUGAGGUGAAUCGCUCCUGUCCCGAACAUCCUGGAGAUUAGUAAUCCUCAUACGUGUUUGCUGUUGAUGUUUGCUCGUUGAGUUGUUCGUUAUGCAAGAGAUCGGGAAAGUACGUAGAUGGAAGGGAGAGACCAAGAGAGAAUAAGAGCGAGAACUACUGGCAGCCACAGCAGCAACAGCAACAGCAGCAGCAUCACCCCCCAUCGGUGCCAGUUGCCAGGUGCCAAGAGGUGCGUGGGACAGGGGUCCCAGGCUACAGUUUUGCGUAACACAGUAGACAGUGAAGAUGAGAGGAGAGGAGAGGCUACCUAUAUCGAUCUACAUAUAUCGGAUAAUUUACCACCCCCAGACCGCGUAACCGUAGCGACCCGAUCGACUGCUGAAGCACACACACACACACACACACAACUCCCCCAAACCCACAAUCACACACAAACACAAAAAAAAAUUGAAAGAAAUUAAUUUACAAAAUGCUAAACUGGCAUUAGGAAUAAAUAUGUUUUGGUGAUUGAGACGAUACCAACACAACCCACAAAUACAACACAAGCCAGAAAAACCAGGAACAACCAGGAGAGAAGGCCACGACGUCGAUGGAGAUGCGGGGGAUCGAGAGAUCGGAGAUCGAAGGAUAAUGAUAGAAUGAUGGAAAUGUUAAGCGAAGCAACCAACCAACCAACAAAAGAAUGUCAACCAAUGUGAUGUUAAAUUUUAUAUUUUGUAACUAUAACGAUAAUGCUGUAAUUGUAAAUGUAAUUGUACGAGUACUAUAUGUAUAUGUAUAUGUGUAUGUAUGUAUGUAUUUAUUAUUUUAAAACCACUAACAAAAAGCUAGAUGUAAACAACUCUAAAAACCAACAAACCAACAAAAAUGAAACCAAGAAAACCAUAAAAAACCACAAGGAGAACAACUCCAAAACACAACAACAACCCACUCACAUACAUAUACGAAAAGAAAACAUUAUUAUUAUUGUGCAAAAUUAGAGAAUAUAAGGCGGGAGAAAAAGGAUUGACACGACAGAUAAAAAGCAAAGCAACCAAAAAAAAGCCCACAAAAAAUGAGAAAGAAAAAGCUAAAAAACUUCCACACAAAACUUUCAAACUAACAAAAAAAGAACAAAAAACUCAAAACUCAAAAUGUAAAAUGAAAAAUGAAAACUUCCAAACAGAAAUGUUCGAGGAGAUUCUAAAAAUGUUUCAAGAUUUGUUCAAAACCAUCCCAAAAUUUUAGUUUGUGCGCCAGCGUUUUUAAUAUUAGAAUGUCGCUAGGUUACACGAUUUUCUAUAAUUUUUUAUUCCUGUAAAUUUCUGUUUGUUAUCUGUAAUAUGUAUAGUUUGUUUUUUGUUUUAAACAAAAGAAGAAAUUCGAAAGUUCUGAUAAGAGAGAUAGAUAGGCGCGAUAAUAUUUCAAAUAUAUCCCCCACUUUGUUUUCCCGUUUGUAAAAUGUGAGAAUUCUGGUCAAACACGAGGUCGUAGUAGGGCUAAGAGGAUGCCUAGGCCUGCGCCUCCGCCUCUGCCUCCAGCCAUAUCCGAUGUAUCCGAUAUCCGCCGAAGUCCGGUAGUAGUCGUUGGCGUUCAAGCCGUGCGUUUAUUACGAUUACAAUUUACAAUAUACUGUUUUUUUUGUUUUUUUUUAUAUUUUGGAAUGGAUGUAUUACCAACUACAUGUUAUACAUAUAUAUACUUUUAUUAUUGCUCAUCGAUACGGAUCACGAUGAUCAUGACGAUGAUGAUUGAUGAUGGAUCCGCAAAAGUUUCCUUAGCAGCAAGCGGCGGCCGCUCUCGCUCGUAAGAACUAUUUUGUAAAUGAUAUACUUUAAUGUAUUGUACAGAUACAGGUGUGGAUAUACAUAUAUCUAUAUAUAUGUAUAUGUAUAUGUAUAUGUAUAUGUAUAAAUAUAAAUUGUAACUGUAUAACUAUAGCGUUGCAUUGAACGAUUGAGGUUUGAGGAACCCCAAACCUCUCCAAAAAGCUAAAAAGCAUAUUUAAAAAAAACAAACAAAUAAAACCAAGAGAAAGCGAUAGAUCUACUAUCGAUCGACGAUUGGCAAACCAUUGAUUUAUAUAUGAUAAUUGUUUGGAAAAUACCGAAUACGAGUAGUAAUUGAAUGCCAAUCGCAUUCUGUCUUGAUCCUAGAAAAACCAAGUCACAAGAGAACGGAAUCUUUCCACUUUUUACACCCCGAUCGAGCGCGUUGCAAGGUUAACUUGAAUCUAUGCUCGAUUUGUCGAUUGAACAGAAUCGAAUACGCUCGCGAUUACCACGUAAAAUGACAAAAAACAAAAAAAAACAAAAAACCGAGAGGAAUUCUAGAAAAUAAACGAGUGAUUAUAUAUACCAUA